CUGACUAAGGGUCGUCACUAGUUACCACAGUCAUAAACCCCGACUGUUUCUAAAAUAUAUCUUCUUCAAAUGUGAUUAUAAACCUAACCGUAACCACACUCCUAAACCUAACCCUAAAUUAAUCCCCAAAAGCACAUUUUUGUUUUUAUAAAAUGUUAUGAUAUAGCCAAUUUUGACUUUGUGGCUGUGGUAACUAGCGGAAAACACUGUCUAGAAAAAACUGAUCAAGACAACAGUGCAACGUUAUGAGAGGUGAGGACUGGAAUAUGUGAACAUUGUACAGUGCUGGUGAUCUUUUGAUAUAUAACCCACCAUUGAAGAUGCCUGCGGUGUCCAGUGGGGUGAAGGACUUGUACCUCUCUACUAACCUGGGGGACCUCAACAAGAAAGCUGAAGUCAAGUCUGACAAAGUCAACACCAAGAGCUAUGUCCAGAGUGCCUGUAAGAUCUUCAAGGCUGCGGAGGAGUGUCGUCUGGAUGGAGACGAGGAGAGGGCCUAUGUUCUCUACAUGAAAUACCUAACGGUUUAUAAUCUCAUCAAGAAGAGGCCCGACUUCAAGCAGCAACAGGAGUUUUUCCUGUCCCUGCUGGGGCCCAACAGCUUUAAAAAAGCUAUAGAAGAAGCCGAGAAGCUCUCUGAAAGCCUUAAACUCAGAUACGAGGAAGUCGAGGUUCGCAAAAAACUUGAGGAGAAAGAGAGACAAGAGGAGAAGAAAAGGAGGGGGGAUAAGACAGAGAAAGAUGGAGGGAGGGCAUCUCCAAAAGGAGGGAAAGAGAUCAAGAAGGUAAAAGAGCAGAAGGAGUUGAAAAAUGGACCUUCAAAAGCUGCGGUGCCAGCAGGAGGGAUCACAGCAGAGGGGUUGUUCAAGAUGAUGAGGGACCAGGCCAUUACGGUCAUUGUGAUGGACGCUCGCUGCCUCCGAGACUUCCAGGACUCACAGAUCCAGGUCCCCACCCAGACUGUCAUCAGUGUCCCAGAGGAGGCUAUCAACCCUGGCAUCACAGUGAACCAGAUAGAGGCCAAUCUACCUGCUGCAUCCAGAGAGACGUGGAAGAGACGGGGGUUCGUAGAUUACAUCGUCCUACUGGACUGGUUCAGCUCUGUUACUGACCUCAAACUGGGAACCACCUUACAAAGCCUCAAAGAUGCUCUCUACAAGUGGGACAGUACCACUAUCCUGCGUAGUGAGCCCAUGGUCCUGGAGGGAGGCUAUGAGAGCUGGCUCCUCUUCUACCCCAUGUACACAUCCAACGCCAAAGUCAGACCGCCCCGAACACACAGCUACAGCACCCUCCCACAGCUGAACUUCAACUACCCGUCACUGGAGGAGCCCAAACCGCCAACCCCCCCUCCCCCCGAGCCGGACCCUGAACCCCAGGCUGCCCCUGCCUCCCUGGGUAGCGUACAGGUGAACGGUGCCCCCCUGGAGGAUCUGACCCCCUCCCACCCUGAGACCCCCUCCACAUGGACGGAGGCAGACGCCACAGACUCACCCCACACAGGGUUCACUCACCCUGGAGUAGACCACAGCAAGAAGGACCCUGGAGCCGGUCCAGGGACACCCAGCCAGCCUGGAGGGACAGCCAAGCACAUCCCACAGAUCGACCGUACCAAGAAGCCAUCAGUCAGAGUCUCAGACGGGUCUAAACCACCCCUGGAUGCCCUCCCCAGGGACCUGCCCCCCUCCUCCCAGAAUGGCCCGUCUGUACCCCAACCCAACCGCUCGGUCAAACCGGCCUUUGACCCGUCGGUCCCGCUGACGGACGAGGAACGUGGUCAGAUCCACAUGGAGACAGCUGCUCUGAUGGAGAAGGCCCGGAGAGAGCAGGAACAACGCACACAGGACCGCCACACCGAGGAGGAGUGGAGAGAGAGGGAACGCCGGGAGAACCAGGAGAAGGAUAAUGAGGAGACGGAGAAGAAGAAGAGGAAGGAGGAAGAGAACAGGACUCAGGAGAGGAAGAGGUUGGAGAGACAGAAGGCAGAGGAGGAGAACGGGGUUGGGGAGGAGCAAAGGGAGGAUACGCCAACAAACGGUGCUUCUCUGGACUCGCCAGCUCCCAGCCGUGUCGUCACUGAGAUUAGGCGGGAGCUCCUAACCAGAGCCAGGAGUGAGGAGAUGGGGAGGAGUGUACCAGGCCUGCCUGAUGGCUGGAUGAAGUUCUUGGACACGGUAACCGGUACCUACCGUUACUACCAUUCCCCAACCAACCGGGUGGACUGCUACCCCCCUGAGGUCAGCGUACCCCAGACGCCCCCCUCCACCCCUCCUACGGCCAAACAGAAGCAGCCCCGCCCCGCUGAGCCAGACCAGACCAUGGACCGCGACCAGGAGCAGUCCAAACUGAAACGUUCCUACUCUUCUCCGGACAUCAGCCAGGACCUGAGGGAGGAGGGGCUAAAGAAGGUUACCGCCCCUAUAACUGCAGCCACGCGCCCAACCUUUAACAGGGAGACCAAACCAUCCACUGCUAGCGUCUACACCAAGGUGGAGAUCGCCCGUCCGUCUGCGGCUAAGAUCCGUAACCUGAACCCUGUGUUCGGCGGUCUGGGCGCCUCGCUCACCGGCCUGCGUAACCUAGGUAACACCUGCUACAUGAACUCCAUCCUGCAGUGUCUCUGCAACACGCCGGCCAUGGUGGACUACUUCAACAAGAACCUCUAUCAGGAGGAUAUCAACAGGGCUAAUAUCCUGGGUCACCGAGGUGAGGUAGCAGAGGAGUUUGGUGUGAUCAUGAAGGCUCUGUGGUCAGGCCUGUAUAAGUGUAUCAGCCCCCGCGACUUUAAGUUCACUAUAGGGAAGAUCCAUGAAUCCUUCUCUGGCCAGGAACAGCAGGACUCCCAGGAGCUGCUGCUCUUCCUUAUGGACGGACUCCACGAGGACCUCAACAAGGUUGCUAACCGUAAGCGUUACACGGAGGAGGAGAAUGACGAUCUGGACGACCAGCGGGCUGCUGACCAGGCCUGGAGCAAACACAAGCUGCUCAACGAGUCUGUCAUCGUAGCGCUGUUCCAGGGACAGUUUAAGAGCACAGUUCAGUGUCUCACCUGCCACAGGAAGUCACGCACCUUCGAGACCUUUAUGUACCUGUCCCUGCCGCUGGCCUCCACCAACAAGUGUUCCCUGCAGGACUGUCUGAAGCUGUUUUCUAAGGAGGAGAAGCUGACCGACCAGAACAAGGUGUUCUGUCGACACUGUAAAGCUCUCAGAGACUCCAUCAAGAAGCUGGAGAUCUGGAAGGUCCCGCCCAUCAUACUGGUCCACCUUAAACGGUUCUCGUACGAGGGCCGUUGGAAGCAGAAGCUGCAGACGGCAGUAGACUUCCCUCUGGAGAAUCUAGACCUCAGUCAGUAUGUCAUCGGACCCAGAGCCAGCCUCAAGAGAUACAACCUGUUUGGAGUGUCUAACCAUUAUGGCGGUCUGGACGGGGGUCACUACACAGCCUACUGUAAGAACGCCAUGAAACAGCGCUGGUACAAGUUUGACGACCACGAGGUCUCCGAAAUCUCCACCUCCACCGUCAAGUCCUCCGCAGCGUACAUCUUCUUCUUCUCCUCCCUGUGAGGGCAGAGCUGCAACACUGCUAGGAGCUAUGAGGCUACAUAAAGGCUACAUAAAGGCUAGCUAACAUGCAGGCUGCUUUGACUCCGCUUCCUCUGCUGGUGGGAGAAAGGAACUGAACUGGCGAUGUUUUUGUGAACUGAACUGAACUGCCAGGGGUCAUACUUGUGGUUUAAACCAUUAGUCUAAAAUAGCUGCUAGCUUUUUCUCUCAGGCCAACCUGGCCAAAUUAGCCACGAUGCUAAUUAGCCACCACGCUGAGGAAGGCCAGCUAAGCAGAUGAUUUAUAUCCGAUAACAAAUCAACCUAUCAGAUAACUUAGAGCCACCAUCCAAUCACAUUUGUUCAUUAGGUAAAUUUGCUUCCAACUGAUUGGUUUAAUUUGUUACCCAUGGUCUAAGUGGAGUGUCCUCAAUAUAUUUGUUGCAUGAUGCUUCCUUGACUAGGCAAGUGGCAUCAUAACAAAUGACGGUUUUCGCAUAUAUGAUCAAGUUCCGUGUUUUUUCUUCUCCAUUUAACACACAUCCGUGUACUUUUCAAUUAACAAAGUAGGAGGAUUAUAUUGUAACUUUGUUAUUCAUACAUUGUAAAAGGCGAUGACUCUCGUGGUGUUGUCAAAUAGCAGUCAUUUACCAUCCACUGCUUGUCCGGGGUGGUGGUGUGAUCUCCACGGUGAUGUUUUCAAUACCAUUGGGAGCCAGAUUUAUUUUUAAGGAGGAAAAUCAUGGUCUAAGCAAAAAUUCACUAGUAUGUCCACGCAAGGUUUGUAGGUUUUGGAUAACUGAACUGGCAAGGUUUGGUGGUUUUGGUAGACUGAACUGACAGAGGUUGAUGUGUGGAGAGAGAGGGACAUACUGUAGUGUGUGGUGGAAGGGUGGGUUAGUGACUG